AUGUACCCGACAUGUACCGGGUACCCGACCUGUAUCCGACCUGUACCCGACCUGUACCCGAUCUGUACCCGACAUGUAUCCGACCAUGUACCCGACCAUGUACCCAACCUGUACCCGACCUGUACCCGACCUGUAACCGACCUGUACCCGACCUGUACCCGACCAUGUACCCGACCUGUACCCGACCAUGUACCCGACCUGUAUCCGACCUGUACCCGACCUGUACCCGACCUGUACCCGACCUGUACCCGACCUGUACCCAAAAUGUAUCCGACCAUGUACCCGACCUGUACCCGACCUGUAUCCGACCUGUACCCGACCUGUACCCGACCUGUACCCAACCUCUAUCCGACCUGUACCCGACCAUGUACCCGACCUGUAUCCGACCUGUACCCGACCUGUACCCGACCAUGUAUCCGACCUGUACCCGACCUGAACCCGACCUGUAUCCGACCUGUACCCGACCUGUACCCGACCAUGUAUCCGACCAUGUACCCGACCAUGUACCCGACCUGUACCCGACCUGUACCCGACCUGUAUCCGAGCUGUACCCGACCUGUACCCGACCAUGUACCCGACCUGUACCCGACCUGUACCCGACCUGUACCCGACCUCUAUCCAACCAUGUACCCAACCUGUACCCAACCUGUAACCGACCUGUACCCGACCUGUAUCCGACCUGUACCCGACCUGAACCCGACCUGUACCCGACCUGUAUCCGACCUGUACCCGACCUGUACCCGACCAUGUACCCGACCUGUACCCGACCUGUACCCGACCAUGUAUCCGACCUGUAUCCGACCUGUACCCGACCUGUACCCGACCUGUAUCCGACCUGUACCCGACCUGUACCCGACCUGUACCUAA